AUGUCGGCCGUAGACCAGCUCAAGCAGCAGAAUGCUGCACUCCAGUCGAGCGUCGGAAACAUCUCCAAAAUGGCUGGAUCAACCACAACGGCCCCAGCGAAGACAGCAACAUCAGCUGCCAAAGCUACGCCAGUGAAGAAGCCCGCUGCGACAGCUACGGACACCACAGGAUCGGCUGCUGCACCAGUGAAGAGAGUGCCGAGGAAGUUGAAUGCAGCAGGCGCAUCUGCUUCAACUCCAGCAAAGACCGCAACCACGCCUGUAAAAGCGACUCCAGCCACGACUUCAACGCCCAUAAAGAAGCCAGUGACCGCUGCUUCAGCAAGCAAGCCCGCGUCUACUACUACACCUAUAAAGAAAACGCCCGUCACUGCAGGCAAGACCCCGAUUAGUGAAGCUUCAAAGCCAGUACGCCAACGCACACCUCUGGGCACAACCAAGCCACUGCCAAUACGUAAGAACCCGGUUACAGGCGCAGCGCAAUCUCAGCCUGACAGCGCAGUCAGUAAGACGACUGGCGCUGCGCCAGUGAAGAAGACCACAACUGCUGCGUCUUCUACUGUAACAAAGGCAACCCCCACAAAGGCUACCCCAGCUAAAGCUACUCCCGUUAAGAGGACGCCGGCCAAAGUGAAUCCAGACGGUACGGUCCCUACCAAAACAAACCCUGAUGGCCAACCCACUCCUCAGUCCACGCUAGCCGCGAAGAAGCAACCGGGCAUUGUUGGCAAGGGGGUCAAUACCGCCACAGGCACUCUGAACAAGACUGUUGGUACGACGACUGGAGGUCUCAACACUAUCACCGACUCCGCGACCACGGGUGUAAACAGCACAGUCAACGGCGUGACUGGGUACGCCGGCAAGGGGCUGGACAAGCUACCUGGUGGUGUAGGAAAGCCAGUCAAGCAUGUAACGGACAACGUGGGCAAGACAGCUACAGGCGCGGUCGAUAACGCAUACUAUACCGUCGGUUCAGCGACCAAGGGCGUGCAAGGUACUGUUAGCAAGACCACUGGUGCCAUUGGAAGGGGUGAUGUCAAGGGCACUGUCGCUGGUGCGACGAGUGGAGUUGGAAACACUGUGACUGGAGUGGGCAAGGGGGUAGGAAACACGGUAGGCGAUGGCCUCGCUGGUCUCGGGAGCACAGUCGGCGGUCCCGUCGGUGGUGUGGUCGGAAACGUAGGCAAAGGUGCCAACAACGCCGUCGGCGGCAUUACCAGUGGAGUUGGUGACGGCAUCAGCAAGCUUGGAAAAGGAGAUGUUAUUGGCGGUGUUGGAAGCACCCUCGGUGGUGUUGGAAAAGGAGUCGGUGGUCUUCUUGGAGGCAUCACAGGCUAUGGAGAGGACAAGGAAAAAUGA